GAGACCACUCAGACAGACCGCACAGCCCGGACAGAGAAGAGCAGCGAGAACAAGUUUCUCUGUUAUUCGGCACAUCUCGUCGGUAUUUUUGCUUUGAUGGGUUAAUCUAAAAAAAAGAAAACAAGCUGAAUGUAAACCUGGAAACUUGACAUGGAAUGACAAAAAAAUUCCCGAGCAGACUUUUAACAUCUUGUGAUCCUUCACCGGUUGUUUUGGCACAUUUGAUCCCCUCUGAUGUCCACCUGUUACGGCUGGUUUCUGACCUGCACACAGCCUCACCACGGAGCGUCAGAUAGACCAAGCUAAUACUGAGAUGGCCCGUGCAGAGACCAUUGAGAGUGCCGGGGAGACUGGAGAAGGAGGAAUCGGCCCUCUUCCUCGCUACAACACCUGCCGGAUGGAGCUGCCUCGCCCCUUCUACAACUGGCCCGGCCUGCUCACCACUACCACCAUCACCACCGGCUCUGUGACUGGCACUGGUGCCAUACACCUCCACCAUAACCACCACCAUCUGCACCCUUUGGAGGCUCUCUAUCUGUCGUACCCGCUGCCUUACCCUGAGCCAGCGGGCCAGGACGAGCCCCAGACUCACCAGCAGUUACCUGCGUUAUCGCCAUCACCAACUUCUCCUUUGCCAACCUGCAAUGAGAGGGAAGAGAUGGUUGGAGGUUCAGUUGCAUCCAGUGUCUUCUCAGGAGAGCACUCAGACUCUUACAGACAGGAGCGCCAGGAGGCCUCCAGUCGGCAGGGACCUCUGCCGGACCUGCUGCCUCACAACGAGCACCCAUCCUGGGCUUCCCCACAUCACAGAUCCCCCAGAGGAGAGGCAGUGCAGGAGCUGGAGAUCUGGAGAAUGGCCCACCGGAUAAGGGCCAUUGGAGAUGAAUUGGAGGCCACAGUCCUCCACAGAGCGCGUGCUGCCCCGCACUGGCAGGACUGGAGAGACACCUGUCGAGGACUCUUCAACUUUAUCACCCAGACUCUCAGCACUCUCUACAGGCUCACGUAAAGAGAGCCGCCUCACCUGCAACCACCGGAUACCAUGGCGACUUUAUACAUUCAGGACUGGGGCUAGUGUACGGAACAACCCCGACUGGUUGCUGCACUGUCGUCUAGUUGAACCUGGAGGAUUUACAGGGCCUGAAAUCCAAAACAUUUUCUUGGAACAAAGAAGUUUAGGGAGGACAAGAUCAGUAGCUGCAGAUGUCGGUGCCACCUGUGGGCUGAAUCAGGGUGCUGUCUGUGGAAACUGGACCCUGCCUGUCUGUCUGCCUGUCUGUCUGCCUGUCUGUCUGUGUGUCUGACAGUCUGCUGGUACAGACUGCAGCUGACGGACCGUCGACCACUUUCCUACCUGUAUAUUUUGUUAAACCCAUUUGCUUUCGCUGUUUUUGUCUCGGGGCUCAUCUCUUCAGUGUGUGUGUGUGUGUGUGUGUGUGUGUGUGUGUGUGUGUGUGUGUG